AUGGCUUCGCAAAAAGCCCCCGGACUUCCGGGGUUUUCGUUGCCCCUGAACUUUGCUCCACGGCGGGUGUUUCCUUCCGCACUUCAGUGCGAGGACUUGGGCAUGGAUGUCGGUCGCCUCAAUGUACAUCGGGAUAUCGUGAUGAUGCGAAUCAUCAAUGCAUUCACGGAAAGACCAGACUGGCACUCCAAGAUAUUUGACGAUGGGGCUCUGAAGGAACUGCUGCAACAAACCGCGGGCGGUGAAGAUGUCACCCCAAAAAUGACAAGCUGGAUCAUCAAGGAACUCCAGUGGAAAGCUGAAAAUCUGCUGAAGACCGGGUACACCUUCGCCCUGGAUCCAGGCGUGUUCAAGUCGGAUUCUGCGAUACCAGCCUCCACCACAAAGGCCUUGAAAGAGGCGUCUCGCUCGCUGGAGCCAGCCGGAGGGAACAAGAACUGCCCACCCGAAAGCAAGAAAAAGAUCGUCAACCCUGUGGAUCCCUCAAUAUGUCCUGUUAUCUACGGGCGUACGCGCAUUCUUCCAGACCAGACAAUCGGCGUUGACGAUUGCCUGGAUAAGGGGCAAGGAGUCCUUCUUCCAAUCCCACCAGAGGAACAGGCAUAUGACCAAGCAUUUGAUACAUCCUGGCCAGAACGUUGGAAAAAGGGGAAACCAUACAGUCGACUAUUUCAAUGGCUGCCAUCCGACGUGGCGUUUGGUGCAGACGAAAGAUGCCACAUCACUUCUUACAUCAACAAUCUUCCCCCUUGGGAGAACCGGGGACUGUAUGAAACCAUCGAGGAUGUUCUGACUCGGACGUUACCACUUUGGAACUCAACGUUGACAUAUGUACAAAACAAGUGGGCGAGAAUCCAGUGCAAUGAAGUUCAAUUUCUCGAGGGGGAUUAUGAGGUGGUUGGCCAGCAUGAGGACGCUUGCACCGUCAUACUUCCGGAGCCUGGGGAAUUCACACCCCCUGAAGUGGAUGAGGAUCGUGUCGAUCUGUGCCAGGAAUUCUCACAGGGAUUGCAAGUGAUUGUCAAAAUGACCAACAUUGAGUUGACUCCUGAAAUCCCUUCUUAUAAGGGUGAGCCGUGGUGCCUAGAUGGGCAAUUGAAUGAACAUAUCUGUGCGACAGCUUUGUACUGCUAUGACAGUGAAAAUGUGACAGAGCAUAAAAUCGCAUUCCGCCAACGCUCGCUUCCAAAUGAAAUCCGAUUGACAGACUAUCCCCAAUAUCACCAUGAAUGGCUUGAGCCUAUCUACGGAUUCACCAAUGCGUGGGACGUAACCUCCCUCACUCAAGAACUGGGAGAAAUCUCGACCCACGAAGGCCGUCUGAUCACUUUCCCUCACACACUACAACGCAGCAUGUCUCCAUUUUCCCUGGUUGACCCAUCCAAGCCAGGUCACCGCAAAUUGCUGGUCUUCUACUUGGUAGAUCCGCACAUACGCAUCAUCUCUUCUGCAAACGUGCCCCCACAGAGAGACACUUGGUGGAAGGAGAGACAAAAGGUGAUGGAGCGAGCAUUGGCAAAACUCCCUGUUGAACUACGCGACAUGGUGAGAGAACAAGCAGAUGAUACCAUUGAUUUGGAAGAGGCGAAGCGGCAAAGAGUGAGGCUUCUGAAAGAACGAAGGAUGAUGGCCAAACAGAAGGAUGCUUUGUUCGAGGAUGCAUCCAUUGGUCUCGCGUGA